AUGGCGACGAAAAAGAAGGCGGGCUCGUCGUCGUCGCCGGAGCUGCGGUGCCUGCCCGUGCCCCGCGGCGACGACAGUUCGCCGCCGCCGCCGCCCGCGCGCCUCACCAAUUCGCCGCCGCUGACGAACGAGGAGCGGGAGUACCUGCGGCGCUGCGCCGAGCUGUCCGUCCAGCCGGACCCGUCGGUGCUCACGACGCUGUCGACGCGCUGGUGGUUCCUGGCGCCCAAGACCUACUUUGGGGACGGGGGCCUGCUGCCGCUCCUCGACGUCUUGGCCGAGUCGAAGACGAUCACGUCGCUGACGCUCCGGUCGGACCCGAACAACUCGACGGCGGCGUCGCACGCCGCCGACGCGCGGGCCCUGGCCCAGGCCCUGCGGCGGAACACGUCGGUGACGACGUUGGACGUGAGCGCCUGCGGCUUGGACGACCUCGCCAUAACAGAGCUCGCGGCCGCGCUCGGCUCGUCCGCGACCAUCAAGACGGCCAAGCUCGGGUCCAACGCCUUCGGCGACGCGGGCACGGCGGCGCUCACGAAGCACCUCGGCGCGGGCAAGUGGCGCUGCAGCUGCGGCCUGCAGCGCCUCGACGUCUCGAACAACGGGCUCUACUACUCGAGCAGCCACAAGCUCGCGACGGUCCUCAGUAAGCACGGCGUCAAGAUCGACGCCGUCGGCAACUACACGACGGAGGAGAUCCUCAACGCCCUGACGCACGGCAUGGGCUUCAUCGCCGCGCUCAUCGGCGCGAUCCCGCUCCUGUACGACGCGUGGCACCGCGACCGCACGACGUACUGGGCCUGCCUCCUCUACCAGUUCACGCUGCUCUGCUGCUUCGGCUCGUCGACGGCGUACCACGGCUUCUUCAUGCACCCGCGCAUCAUGCUCUGGUUCCAGCGCUUCGACCACGCGGCGAUCUACCUGCUCAUCGCGGGGAGCUACACGCCCCUCGUCUUCCUGGGCUGCCGGGGCCACCUCGGCGCCGCGGCCAUCGUCGUCAUCAACUGGAUCGCGGCGUUCUGCGGCUGCUGCAUCUCGGCCGCGGGCAUCGGCAUCUCGUCGGAGCACCUGAACCCGACGGAGAUCAUCAUCUACGCGUCCAUGGGCGCGGCGGUGCUGCCGAUCAUCGGCCCCGUGAAGCGGCUCUUGGCGCCCGAGGCCUUCUUCCUGCUGGCGCUCGGCGGCGCGCUCUACAUCGCGGGCAUCUUCUUCUUCGUCCGCGGCAUGCGGCACCCUGGCUGGCACGUCGUCUGGCACAUCUUCGUCAUGGCCGCGGCGGCGACGCACUGGUUCUGCGUCUACCUCUACAUCCUGCCGUCCAUCGACUUCUCCGCCGGGGGCGGGUCCGUCAUCGGCGACUACGAGCGGAGCCCGCAGUGGGACGAGGGCGCGUUCUCGCGCGAGGAGCUGAAGCAGUCCGUGGACGCGCUCAUGGCGCGCUACGCCGCGUCCAAGGCCUUCCGGCCGACGCUGCCCGACGGCGUCUCGCGGUCGUCCUUCCUCGCGCUCCUCCGGGAGAACAAGGGCCGCGCGGCGAGCCUCAUCCCCGAGUCGUUCUCGCGCGCGCACCUCCUCGAGCUGUUGCCGGACCUCGCCCUGGCGUCGCUCCUCUUCAACGACACGGGCCUCCUGGAGAACGCGACGCGCUUCGCCAAGGACGCGCUCCACCUCGACGAGGCCAAGAGCCUCAUCGCGCGCGCGGCGGAGAAGCCCCGGUCCUACCGCGCGGCGCUCCGGAGCUUCUUCCGCGGGGAGGACGAAGCGACCGCGGGCAUGCUCCAGAUGCCCCCCCACUACUACGCGGCCGCCGCCGCGCCCGCCGCGCCGAUCCCGAUCGCGCCGCGGCCGGCCGCGCGGCCCGUGCCCGCCGCCGCCAUCGGCCAGUACCCCUUCAACCCGGCGCUCCUCGCCGGCGCGACCUUCCGGCCCGCGGCGCCGCCGUCGAGCGACGGCGACGACGACGAGGGCCGUUGGUCGCCGUUCGAACAGGGCGAGGCGCAGGGCUUCUCGCUCGCGGCCCUCGGCGGCGCCGCGCCGGCGGCGCCGGCGCCGGCGCCGGCGAAGCUCUUCGCCGUGCGCCUCAAGGUCGACGGCCAGCGCCUGCGGGGCCACCCGUGGCAGGUCCGCGACGACGUCGACGCGCCCGCGGCGCCGGCGCCGCCGCCGCCGGCCGCGGCCGCGGCGCCGCUCCUCCCCCCGACCCCCGGCGCGCCGCCGCCGCCGGCGCUGCCGCCGACGCCGCCGGCGCAGCUCUACUACGACGGCACGGACCGGCCCUGCAGCCCGCUGCCGCCGCCCGACGUGCCGCCGCCGUAUUUGCCCGCGACGUCCGCGCUCAUCCGCCUCGACGCGCUGCGCGCGGCGGCGCGCUGGGCGUCGGCGGGCCGGCCGGCGCCCGUGCAGAUCGACCGGGCGAACCUCAAGGGGCUGAACUCGAACCAGGCGAGCGACACGUGCGUCGCCGCGCUGGCCCGCUACGUCGAGGCCUGCGGCGGCUCCGCGGACUUGAUCGACGGCUGGACGGCGACCGUCGAGGUGCGCAAGGAGGGCAACACGGCGGGCACCUACGACGUCUACUACUUCGACCCCCUGGGCCGGCGCUACCGGUCGCGGGCCGAGGUCGCGCGCGCGUUCGCGUUGGCCGCGCCCGCGCGCGCGCCCAAGGUCCCCGGGGCCAAGGGCCCGGCGAACUUCGGCUUCGGCCGCACGAAGAAGGCGCGGCGGCGCGCGGCCCACGCGCGGCGCUUCGCGGCGCUGACCGUGAACUUCCGCAAGUCGUUGGCGAACACCCUCGACGACGCGAAGCGCAAGGACGAGGGCGGCGGCGCCGGCGACGACGAGGAGCGGUCCAAGCCCGCGCCGGGCGAGUCGCGCGUCGCCGUCGCGCGCCACCAGAACCUGCUCAAGGAGGUGGAGCGCGAGCGGCGCACGGUGGAGCGCCUCGUCAAGGCCACGCAGCGCCUCGAGGAAUUGCUGCGCGACGCGACGGCCGCCGCGGAGCGCCGCGCGGCCGCGGAUUCCGAGCGGCGCCGGAAGAAGGCGGCCAAGGAGGCGGAGACCCUGGCGAAGCGCGCGGAGCGCGAGGCCGACGCCGAGGCGCGCCGCGACAAGCGCUCCAAGGACGCGGCGACGCGCAAGGCCGAGCGCGACGAGGACGCGAAGCAAAGACGCGCGGAGAAGGACUCCGAGCUGGCCGCCGCGGCGGCGAACCGCGCGCUGGCCGAGAUGAAGCGGAAGCAGGCGGAGCGCUACCCCGUCGACGACGCUUUGCUGGACGGCGAGCCGCCGCCGGACCCGCCGCUGCCGCCGCGGCCCGAGGCCUCUGACCCGUCGGACUCGCUGCUCCGGGGCGUGCCCAGGGACGCGGUCGGCGACGUCCUCGCGAUCCACGCGCUCCUCCGCGCCAUCGGCGCGCGGCGCACGGCGUUGGGCCUCAAGCGCGUCGACAAGGACGCGACGCCCGUCGAGGAGCUGCCGGCGCCGCCGCCGCCGCUGGAGGCCUUCGGCGCGGCCUUGGCGGCGCCUCUGGGCGCGCUCGGCGGCGCGCGCGGCGCCCUGGAGCCGCUGCGGCGCGCCCACGGCGCGCUGCUGGAGGUGCUGCUGGACGACGCGUCGGCCGACGGCUGGUGGGCGCCGUUGGACGCGACGCGCGACGCGGCGUUCUUCGCCGAGUCGUCGGACGAGGAGUCCGGCGGCGCGAAGCGGAAGAGCAAGCGCAAGGCGGCGCACCCCUGGGCGCGCGUCACGCGGCGCUUCUCCCGCGCCGCCCAGGCGCGCCUCGCGGCGGACGACGUGGACCUGAUACGCGAGGCCGACGACGACACGGACGCGUCGCCCGACGGUCUGGCCGCGGCCGUCGAGGCCAUCGUCAAGGACCUGCGGCGCGGCGCGGAGGCCGACGCGGACACGCGGCGCUGGGUCGGCGCCGUGGACCAGUGCGAGCGCGCCGCGGGCGACGGCGCGGCGCGCGACUGUUUACGCUGCGCCGCGCGGCUCACGACGGUGCCCCGCGCGAAGCGCUUCCUCGAGCGGCUCGCGGCCCUCGACGCGACGGCCGCCGCGCGCGGCGCCGCGGCGUCGCUCGCCGCCGCGGCGCGCAAGGCGCGGCCCCGGGCCUGGAAGGGCGCGGCGGCCGACCGCGACGCGGCGCGGCGCGCGGACGCCGACGAGGCGACGCGGACCUGGGAGCGCUACGUCGACGGCGUCGCCCGGCAGCAGAAGCGCGCCGCGGACGACGACGACGCCUACGACUCCGCCGACGCCGCGGCCGACGACGACAGCGACGACGAGUUCAAGGCGCCGUCGUCGAAGGCGUCGUCGAAGCCAUCCGCGGACGUCUGGCGCGUCGACGGCUCCGAGUACGUCGGGCGGACCGUGCGCCGGUCCGUGCUCGACGACGCGGGCCAGGUCGCGAGCCACAGCGACGGCCUGGUCGCCGGCUGGUUGGACGACACGGCGUCGGACUACGUCGACGCGGCGGGCAACGCGGCGGCGUUGUGGCACGUGACGCUCGAGACGGGCGAGCUCGCGGGCGACGAGGAGGACCUGGAGCUCCACGAGGUGCUCGAAUCUCUGGUCCCCCUCGAGGCCGCGCCGCUGCGCCCCCCGGCGGGCGCGCCCGUCGACGACGACGAGACCGAGGACGAGGACGAGGCCGCGCCCGCGCCGCCGCCCAAGCAGCCCCUCAAGCGGGGGCCGACGAAGCGGAAGGCCCAAGCGAAGAAGCCCGGCGGCGCCGACGCGUCCCUCUUCCCCGAGCGCGCGGAGCGGCCGAGCGGCGGCGACCGGCGCCGCGGCCGCAAGGCGAAGAAGACGACGCAGAAGGAGUACGCUCUGGCGACCUCCACGACCGUGUCCCUGCUCGGCGGGUCGACGGCCGUCGCGUUCCCCAAGGAGGCCAUGCGCGUCGCGCUCGUCGCCGACGCGUUGGACCGGAAGGCGUCGAAGAAGCGGAAGCGCGAGCUCCGCGACGCGCCGCCGCCGCCGGAGGACGCGCCGCCCGACGACGACGACUUCGGCGACCUCAUCGACGCGCCGCCGGAGGUGCUCGCGCCCGUCGCGGAGCUGCGCCUGCCGCGGCCGCCCAAGGAGUCCGUCGGGCCGUCGACGUGGGCCGCGCUCGCGGGCGCCGUCGGCAGCCGCCUCGCCGCGCGCGACGGCGAGACCUGCGACGGCCACGUCGACGGCCACCUCGACCGCGCGUCGAAGUGGCUCUCGGAGGGCCUGCCCUACGGCGGCCUCGGCGCGCGCGAGCGCGUCGCCGUGCUCAAAGCUCUGUGCGACGCCUACGCGGCGUCGUACGGCUGCGCGACGCUCGUCGACGAGGCCGCCGAGGGCCGCGCCUUGCGGGACGCGACGCACGAGGCCGACGAGCGCGACCGGAAGCGCCGCGCGGCCGAGAAGGAGCGCGACACGUCCGCCAAGGUCCGCGAGCGCCUCGCCGUCGAGCUCGCCGCGCAGCAGGCGGAGGCCGAGGCCAAGGCCGCGGAGGACCUCGCCAACGGCAUCGUCCCCCAGCCCGUGGAGCUGCCCAAGGCCAAGAAGCCCGCGAAGCCGCGGAAGCGCAAGCCCAAGCAGCCCAAGGAGCCCCGGCCCGACGACGACGGCGACGGCAACCCAAGGAAGCGGCCGCGGCCGCGGCCCGGCGCGGCGCCGCCGCCCCUGUCGUCCGCGCUCGACAAGCUCAUCGCCUGCGACGCGCCCUGCGCCGUCGACGCGCGGAACCCGAAGCUGCCCGGCAGCCGCUGCCACGCGCUCUACGAGCGCUACUCGAAAGGCGCGACAAUUAAGGAGGUCAUGAAGCUCGGCGGCCGCCGCGGCGACAUCUUCAACGACCUGGCGCGGGGCUACACCGUGCUCACGAACCCGGAGCACCGCAAGUGGUACGACGACGCCAAGGCCGCCAAGGGCGACGGCGACGCUUCGAAGCCCGACGCGCCGUCGCGGACGCCGUCCGUGACGCCGUCCGUCGGCGACGCGGCGCUCGACGCGGCGUCCGCCGCCGACGACGCGGGCAGCGAGGCGCCGCCCGACCCGCCGCGGCCGCCGCCGCCGCCGUCCGACGGCGGCGACGAGGACCCCGAGGUCGCGCGCGCCUUGGGCGCGUCGCCGCCGCCGCCGUCGGGCGAGUCCGUGGCCUCCGCGAGCCCCCGGGCGUCGCCGCGCGCGUCGCCGUCGUCCCUCGCCUGCGUGCCGGCGGCGCAGCCCACGCGCCACCGCUUCCGCGCCGAGGUCGCGCACGUCCGCGCCGUCGACGCGUGCGGCGGCGGCGACGUCGAGUUCGUCGGCUUCCUCGCGCUGGAGCGGCGCGAGCAGGCGACGCCCGACGGCGCCGCGUCGUCCCAGGCGCGGCGGCCCGCGCGCCUCGCGGUCAUGGAGCGCCUCAAGGGCGCCGCGGCGCGCCUCGGCGGCGAGGGCGACCCGGACUACGACGACGGCGUCUUCGACCCGCCGCCGCCGCCGCCGCCGGACGACGACGACGCCAUGGACGUCGACGCCAUGCCGCCGCUGUCGCUCGACGGCGAGGCGCGGCGGAAGCGAUGGGUCACGCGCGAGCUCGCGGACGCGUACGAGGCGCUCCGCGACGUCGAGCUGCGCCUCGAGGAGACGGAGCGGCGGCGCGCGCGGGCCCAGGACGUGCGCGCCCACGCCCUGCCGCGCAUGGAGCCCCUGGGCAGCGACCGGCACCGCGACGUCUACUGGACGUUCCCGCGCCUCGACGUCGCGGAGUCGGCGUCGUCGCCGCCGCGGCCGCCGUCGCCCGUGCGCGUCUGGAAGGAGCGCCGCGCGCCGCCGGACGCCGCGUCGACGACGCCGACCUGGGGCUUCUACGUCGGCGACGACGCCGUGCGCCGCCUCGCGCUCUCGCUCGACGAGCGCGGCGUCCGCGAGCGCGACCUCAAAGCGACGCUCCUGGACCUCCUGCCCCUGGGCGCGCCGCCGCCCGCGGAGGAGCUCCUCUAA